AUUCUUACUCCACUCAGUUUGUGGGGAAAUGUGUGCUUCUCUUGUUUGUUGCCUAGAGACAUUACAGCUGUCUAUGUUACUUUAACAGGGAUAAAUCUGUUUGCCCGGCCACAAAAAAAGAAUCUGCCCUGGGGUCUAUCACAGGGCUGUUAUGCAAUAUGCUAUAUUUCAUAUGUAUACAGACUGUAGUGGGUCUAAGUUGGGCCAAAACUAGUUUCUCCUGUGGUUUUUCACACUAGCGUAGCAAUAGAUGUAUAUGAAAAAGAGAAGUUACAGGCUGGGCUGAUCAUUUUCAUAGUAAUGGAAUUGUUUUUAUAUAACACUAGCUCCCACAAGGGGUCAUCACUUUUCCAUGAAAAGAUAUUAAAAUGCAAUUUGCAAACAAGCCUUUGCUUUGAGUAAGUAGCAGAUUAGAUGUAAUUUAUUGUUACAUCUGUCUUUAUUUCCAUUGAAGCUGGUAGCUUACUGGCUUGAUUACUGAGGUUUUUUGUGUUUGCUUGUUUGGUUGGUUUUUUCUUGGAGGGGGGGGCAACUUGUAUUUAACUUAAUGUAAAAUUAAAUCAUUUUACAGCGUAAGUAUACGGACAUUUGGAAAAUAAAAUAUAAAAUAAAGGAAGCAAUUAUAGUGUGUAGUUGGAACAUCAGUAAAUUUAUUUAGGGAUUUUUCCGUGAUUAAAAGCUGAGUAAAGACCACUGAUUGUAUAAAAAAGUGUUUUUACUGAUAAGGGCUCAGUUUCUGUGAUUCUUCGCAGUCACCUGGUUUCAGCUGAAACGCCAAGAUUUACGAAUCAGUUACGGACCUCAUCGCGAUAUUACAAUUGCCAUUAGCGUGCGUAGCAACCACCGUUGUUUGGCUUCUUUGCGCCGCCUACUUGCAAGAGUUGCAGAACGUGACCAAUUACGUUCCUCUCUGUAGCUCGUCGACCAACGGAAAUCGUAGUAGGCGUGUCCCGCUAUGUGCCGUGUUCCGUGUGGAAAGUUUACCGGCUCGGGUGCAAAGUUUCAGCCGUCUGCAAAGCGGAGCUCGUCGGCAAAACGAGCGAGGAAGGUGCUGGUAUUUAUACGGUUGCUGAAUCAUUUUUUAAUCGCCAAUUGAUUCGGUGUGUGUUUGUCCUCAGAUAUAGCCGAGUGUUGCUGCCGUCGCCGAAUAAGAGUGUUUUACGCGGAUGAUAUUACCAGCGAUCGUAUUGUCUCAGGGAGCCAAGCUAGCUUAACGUAGCCCGGAGUUAAACGGGAAAGCCAACCAGCGGAUGUCGUGGGGAUUUCUUGGGCUUUCUCAAACCUGCUGAUUUCUUCAACGCUAACUUAAACUUGAAUCGACUGUGAGGAAGGAAAAAUGGCUUGCGAACCCAAUCGUGCCCGGCUGCUGUGCAUGCUAUCAUUGACUUUUGGGUUUUUCAUCGUGGAAGUGGUGGUCAGUCGGAUGACCUCGUCCCUGUCAAUGCUGUCGGACUCCUUCCAUAUGCUGUCGGAUGUCAUCGCACUCGUCGUGGCUCUAGUGGCGGUUCGGUUCGCGGAAAAAACCCAGGCGACCAACAAGAACACCUUCGGCUGGAUCCGAGCGGAGGUGAUGGGGGCUCUGGUCAAUGCCGUCUUUCUCACGGCGCUGUGCUUCACCAUCGUCCUGGAGGCGGUCGAGCGUUUCACCGAGCCCCACGAGAUCGAGUCUCCAGUGGUGGUGGCCGGGGUCGGUGCCGCGGGGCUUCUGGUUAACCUGCUGGGGCUCUGCUUGUUCCACGGCCACGCGGGCGGAGGCCACGGACACUCUCACGGAGGGCACUCUCAUGGGAGUAAGAAUAAGCGGGGCAAAACGAGCAAGAACUCGAAGGCUGGAAACGGGUCUUCGGGAGAGGAGACCAACAACUUGGUGGGAAAUCACAACAGCCCAGGCGAUGGGAGACCAAGAAAUGAAAUCAGCUGUAAAGGCAGCACAGAGGUGCAGAUGAAUGGAAACACCCACUAUGAGGAGAUGGAUCCCGACCACGACUCGUCGUCGCAGCUCAACAUGCGCGGGGUCUUCCUGCAUGUGCUGGGCGACGCCCUGGGCUCCGUCAUCGUAGUGGUCAACGCUGUAAUAUUCACCUUUGUGUGGCAGCCCUGCAUCAAAGGUGAGAAGUGCGUGAAUCCGUGCGUCAACAGCCACUCCGCUGACCAUUACCAUGACAACAACACCGUUGUCGAUCUGCACGUGGGUCCAACUGUGCCGACCAUGAAGUUCGCCGGCCCCUGCUGGGUUCUUUACCUUGAUCCCACGCUGUGCAUCAUCAUGGUGAGCAUCCUGCUGUACACUACCUACCCUCUCCUCAAAGAGUCGGCCCUCAUCCUGCUGCAGACCGUGCCCAAGCAGAUCAACAUGCACCGGCUCAACGAGCGUCUGCUGAGCCUGGACGGCGUCCUGGCCAUCCACGAGCUGCACAUCUGGCAGCUGGCCGGAAGCCGCAUCAUCGCCACGGCGCACAUCAAAUGCCACGACCCCACAUCUUACAUGGAGGUGGCCAAACGCAUCAAGGACUUCUUCCACAACGAGGGCAUCCACGCCACCACCAUCCAGCCCGAGUUUGUCACGUUCAGCUCAGAGUCUCGAGACUCCCUGUGCGAGCUCUCCUGUCGGACUCAGUGCGCUCCCAAGCUAUGCUGCGGCGCUGCGGACAAACAGAACACUGGCUCUGACAAGAAGGCUGCAGUCGCUUCAAACCUGGAGGUGAUCAGUGAGACUUCAGAGGCGGCGGGGGUCGUAGUUCAGGUGUGCCCUGGGUCUGAGGCUGAGGUCAGGAUUGCCAGAGAAGUGGAGUCAUCUCUGUGAGAUGAAGGGUGUGGAGAAGAGCAGAGGAGAAGCAAGAAAACCUCCACUUUGAGCAAAAACAUCAUCAUCAUUUGCAGGAAGCUGUACUUUUUGUGGCUUAAUCAUUUCCCCCGAUAGGUCCUUUUAUUUUCGAUUAUUGCCCAUCUACACGCCUGAACCCCUUUCACUCCCUCCCAUGUUCAUACAUUGAGCAUUAGUUCAACCCCCCCAAGCCUCUCCUCCGCCACUCAGUCCCUCCCUUGUUGUCUGUGGCUCUGGCAGUAUGAGGGUAUGGUUGCGAUGCAUGUUGGGUUGCACUGACCUCAUCUCCACUAGUACUGGAUCAAGGCCUGCAUGAGCGUCAUUAGCACCGUGUUGUGAUGUCUCAUCUCGUCUCAUGGUGUUUCUGUGCCAAAGCUUCUCAGUGGACCGAAGGGAUCAGAGGGACAUUCCCUCCUCCAAAUGGACACACAGCACACACAUCACUAGGUUAUUUAUUUAGCCUAUGGACCUGCUGGAAAAGAGUCUACCUUCCUGUUUUUUUGUGUAGGCUUCAAGCACACCUAUUUUCUUUACCCUCUGGCCUCCAGAUGGAAUAGUAUUGUAUUGCAUAAUAAUUUAUGUACCUAAGUUAUUAGAAAUGAUCUAUUCUCUGUAGAUGCUGUUUGUAAUGUUUAGUUUGGAUGAUAAACAUUUAUUUUUUCUC